AAAAUCACGCACUAUAAGUGAAUGUGGGUAUUAGAAAAACCAUAAACUAGUAUUUGUGGCUGUUUGGUGUGGUUUCCAUAUUUACAAUUAGAGGCAAUGCUAUUUGUAAUGCUCGCAAACAUCCCACGAGCCUCUCAAUUCUACCUUUGCAUAUUUUCUUGAUCCUUAUCUCUCUGCAACCUUCCAUUCCUUCAAUUAUUUCUCUCUCUGGAUACCUCUCGACAUCCAUCUUCUUAUAUUCUUCUUUUAUUUUCUCUCCAAUCACUGCAUCAAAACUAGCCACUGUACUAUAGCCUGCCACUUGUUAAUUUCUUGUACAUAUAUAGUUUGAAGUUAAAGAUUCGAGGGUAUGGCUCUUGAAACUUGGCUUAUUAAAGUGAAAACUGCAAUAACUCAUGGCUUGGAUUCAGUCAAAACCUCUGCUCCGAUACCAAAAUCAUCCAAGAAAUCAAGUGUUGGAGUUUUAGCUUUUGAGAUUGCUGGUCUCAUGUCAAAGCUCUUUCACCUAUGGCAGUCUCUUUCAGACAAGAACAUAAUUCGGUUGCGAAAUGAAUCCAUUUCUAUUGAAGGAGUUCGCAAGAUGGUGUCCAACGAUGAGUCUUUCCUUCUUGGCCUUGCAUGCGCAGAAAUGGUCCAGAACUUGAGGCUUCUUGCUAAAUCUGUUUCAAGAUUGAGCAAGCGGUGCGAGGAUGGGAAUCUUCGUCGUUUUGAACGUUUAUUCGAUGAGUUUGCCAACUCAGGUCAUGAUCCUAACUUUUGGGUCUUGAGUAGCAAAGAAAUGGAAGCAAAGAACAAGAAGAUGGACAGAUAUGUAACUGUCACAGCGACGUUAUAUAAAGAAAUGGAGGAACUAUCUACCUUAGAGGGUGGAGUAAGAAAGGCCUUGCAGUGUAUUGAUCAUGAGUCAACGACAAAAGGACAGAAGAUUAUGGAUCUUCAACAGAAGAUAUUCUGGCAAAGACAAGAAGUAAAGUAUCUGAAAGAAAGAUCUCUUUGGAAUCGAAGCUUCGAUGGUGUAGUUUCAAUGCUUGUAAGGUCUAUCUUUACAAUACUAGCAAGAAUCAAGCUUGUUUUUGGCAUAGGACCUGGAUAUCCGACUUCUUUACCACGCAGUCUUUCAGCUUCUGCAACUGUCCACCCAACUGAAAACCCUAGUACUUGCAACUUUGUCUCAGGGCCAUUAAAGAGUACAAAACUUGAAGGAGAUAAAGAUUUGGUUGAUAUGUUUUUUGAGUCAAAUUCAAAGCUACUAAAGCCACCAGAAACUACACUUGGUGCUGCUGCUUUAGCUCUACACUAUGCGAAUUUGAUUAUAGUUAUGGAAAAGAUGAUCAAGUCACCACAACUUGUUGGUGUUGAUGCAAGAGAUGAUCUCUACUCCAUGCUUCCAAAUAGUAUAAGAUCUUCGCUAAGGGCUAGAUUGAAAGGAGUAGGAUUUUCUGCAAGCGAUCCACUUCUUGCCGCAGAGUGGAGGGAUGCCUUGGGGAGAAUACUUGGGUGGUUGUCACCUUUAGCACAUAAUAUGAUCAAAUGGCAAAGUGAAAGGAGCUUUGAGCAGCAAAAUUUGGUACCAAGAACCAAUGUUCUUCUAUUGCAAACACUAUUCUUUGCAAACAAGGAGAAAACUGAAGCUGCAAUCACAGAACUUUUGGUGGGUUUGAAUUACAUAUGGAGGUUUGAAAGGGAGAUGACUGCUAAGGCCUUGUUUGAAUGUGCCAACUUCAAUGGACUCUUGAAUAAUUGUCAGAGUUCCACCUAAGAAGAUGGUUCUUUUUUUCUUAAUCUUUAUUUUUUCUCUAAAUUUUUCUGGUUUUAAUUUUGUUUUCUGAAGUCUAUCAUGUUUGAUCUUAGAUUGAACUGAGUUUCAGAUCUUUGAGGGUUUGUUAAUUUUCUUUCUGACCCCGAUCUGUAUAAGGCAGAAACUAUAGGUGUAUGUACAUGAUAUGUGAUAUGAUUUUGAGUAUAGCCUUCCAUUUUCAAGCAAUGCUUGGACUUUCAAUCAUAAAAAUUGUUUUCAGCCAUGUCAAUUAACAGUCAUUCUUAUUAUCAUUAUUAUUGUUAUGUUAAGAUAAUUGAAUCGAGAUUAUGUUUGAAGCUUA